GCUACGCUAGCUACGUCCGCUACGCUGCGGCGCGGCCUCUACGAUCGAAACCGCUACGAAAAAACUAAAUAACAGUUAAACGUAACAGUGUACAUAAUGUGUUUAUAGUCGUAUGAUAAUUUAGUGCAGUUUAGAUAGAUUUAGUUUAAUUGUAAAUAAACUAAAAAUGAAUUCCACAAGUUUAAGUGUAGUUUUAAGAAUGGUGAUUUUUCUGUUCACGGCGCAAGGUUCCCUAUGCCUUCGCAACGUGUACAUGGUGAUACCAGAAGCAGUGGAACGGGGGAAGGCAGCUGUAAUUAAGUGUAUGUAUGACCUGGAGAAUGAAGACCUGUACCAAGUGAAGUGGUAUAGAGGGGAUCGGGAGUUCUGCAGAUACUCCCCGAGAGACGUGCCGCCGCUCAAGGUGUUCCCCAUUCCUGGAAUAGAAGUCGAUCGUGACGAGAGCGACGCGGAGAAGUUGACAAUAAAAUCAGCGACCCGGACUGCCCAUGGUCGUUAUACGUGUGAGGUAUCAGCGGAUGCGCCCUCCUUCCUCACCGCGCAAGUGCAUGGUGCUAUGCAUGUUGUUGACUUGCCGAAAUCGGAUCCGGAGUUAAAUGGGCUGAAGCGUCGCUACCGGCCCGGGAUGAAGUUAAAAGCAGAAUGCAUAAGUCAUGACUCCAUGCCCCCAGCUAAUCUCUCGUUUUUCGUCAACAACGAACCGGCUCUUUCCCAACACGUGUGGCACCGGGUGGGGGGCGGCGAGAAUGGCAGCCUGUGGACCGCCUACAGCACAAUUCAGUUCGUCGUUCAGAAACAUCACUUCGUUAGAGGGAAGAUAAAGAUUCGGUGUUCCGCGUAUAUAUACUCGAUAUACUUCAGAAGCCACGAGAGGGUGGCGGAGGAGGAAAGGGCCCGGACCACGGUCGCGCCCUUGCCGGAGACGAGGGAAGCUAUCGUCUUCCCUAUACAUCGCAUUUCUGAUAACAAUGGUUCAGACAAUCGAGGGAUGUCUCGUCACACGCUGUACAAACUUCUAGGAAUAAUAGCAUUGAUUAUUACUUACGUUAUGAGAUAAAUGUGUUAGUAACUAAAUUCUAGAUAGGCGUAUAUUAUCUGAUCACAACUGAUUACAAUAUUUGGUCCACUUCGUAAUUAAUACACACCAUUGUUUGGAAAACGUUCAUCGAAAGUUAAUUGUUAACACAGCUAAUUUGCGUUGAAAAAUGUGUUCUUUGUUUAUCAAAAAGCCACGUGAAUUUGAAUAAAAAAUUGCAUGCAAUAAUAGCGAAAUAUAAACUCGAAACUAGCGCUGUGGAAGAGACGGGUGUCUAAACAAAUGUUUUGCUAGUUAGUUUUACAAAUAAAUGAAAGUGGUCGUUUGUGCAGUCGUGCUUCAAGCCACAACACUCGUGACACCAUCAAAAAGGAUCAAAAGUAACGCGGAUAAGAGGGUCAUUAUAUUUUGUCGGUUUAUAUUGUGAUUAUUAUUUCUAAGUAUUUUGUCCCAGAAUCGUUUUAAAGAGUUUGUUUGUGAAUCUGAUCAUACAAUAGUAACAAUACUUUGAAUAGGUUACCUUUUUAGUAAGUACUAAAAAUAAACUGCCAGAGCUUUUUAUAAAGUUUGGAAAAUAUUCUAAAUUCAGUAAUUUUUUGCUAUAUACGAAAAUAUAUAAUGAUUAAUAUUUCGCCUGCUAAUUGGCACGAAAUUAAUUUUCACGAAAAUAAUUACGGCCAACGGAAAAGUUUGCGAAAGUUGAAGUUUUUUCGGUCGUUGUAUAUAAAUAUUGAAUGAGUUAUUUGGGUGGCUAGGUGUCUAAGUCGAAGUGGAAUAUUAAUUAGUGAUUCUAAUUCAAUAAAUUUUGAAAGUAACGUGGUGUAAUAAAAGGGGCUUUUAACCAAUACAGAGAAAGCUACAUUGAUUGCUUUUAAACACGAAAUUUUACUCCAGUAUGAAAUGUUAAUUACGGAAGCCAGAUAAACACUCCAGAAAUGUAUCAAUUUAAAAUGAACACAAUGUAUUGAAAGACGUUUUUGUAUUGUAUCUCAAGUGAAUUUUACGGCUUGAAAAUAUUAUGUGGCAGGAAUUGUAGUUAUGAGUAACUACAAUUUCUGCGGUUUGCUUUUGAUUUUAUUACAAAAGUAUUAUAAAACAUAGAAUAUUUUUUCUCUGCCUUAUUUCUGUCUUAUAACAAUAUUUUCUUUAAACGGUUUCUAUAAUAUUAAUUUUCUUUUUCCUUUCUCCACGGCUUUGGCACUUUUUGCGUCUUACGUUUGUAGAAGGAUAUUUUAAUUAACUAUGCUUCUUUGAAGAAGAAUAACUAUAAUUUUAUGAGAUUUGUCGCUAUGACGAAUUCAAAGCAUGAAUAGUGAUUUUUUGACGUUUAAAAAAAAAGUG